UUCGUCGAGCGCGUGAACGCGCCGCAGAUGAAGGACGAUCUUAUCCCCUUCCGCGUCGGCAUGACGUGCAAGGUCGGCGUGACCGUCGUCGAGGGUGGGAAAUCUCGCGUGCAGCCGUACGAGGGCAUCAUCAUCGCGAUCCACCGCGCGGGCGUCGCGACGACGAUCACCGUGAGGAAGUCGUUCCAGGGUUACGGCGUCGAGCGCAUCUUCCCCAUUCACUCGCCGCUGUGCACGUUUGAGGAAAUUCGCGGCGCGGGCAAGCCGAAGGUUCGCCGCGCGAAGCUUUACUACCUCCGUAACUUGGUGGGCAAGCAGGCUAAGCUCAAGAUGCGAUUC